UAUUGUGUAGCUUUAAAGCCGACAUUUUUUCGCAGAAAAUAAAUUUAUUUGUACCUAGUACCUUAUUGAAUCAAUCAAUCAAAACUACGAAUUUUUAAAUUGUAUAAAAUAACAUCAAUUUCAUUUGAUGAUAAUUUAAUCAACAUGGUUUCUAAGAGCGGAUUCAUGCCCAAUGUCCGGAGGCAACACUUGCCAAGGGCUGCUAAAAUGUUUAAGCAAAACUUGCCAUUAAACGGCCCGAGUGGGCUGAACGUUUUGUUUAACGCCAGUCAAAUACCAGACAAUCCAGGCUACAUGGACUUCAAUAAUCCAACACCUCCGAUUGCCGCCCCUAAUUCAGGUAUUAACAAAAAAAUGACUCACCCAACAGGGGGUGGCCGACCACAAAGAAAUAUGCCACCAUCAAGGAAUAUAGUCGAAACGCACCGAAGCAACUGGGUAGGUGCCCGCAAUGGUCGUGGUGCACCUAUAAGACAUAACCAUCCGAAGUUCGGUGGAAGAGGAGGAGGAGGAAACAGACAGUUCAAUGGCAUGGACAUGCCACGCAGACCUAUGCCACCGAUACCGCCCAUGCCGAUGCGAGGACCAAUGCCGCCGAUUCCCUUGGAUCCUAUGGUUAUGGGACCCGUUCUGCCACCUGUAAUUCGAAACAGCAUGGUAGGUAUUCGACCAGGACCCCCUAUGCCACCGAUCCCACCACCAAUGAUGCGACGAUCACGGAACGCACCUCCACCACCCAUUCGACGUCCUAACAACGCCGUCGUACCAUCCAGAAUCAUGAAACACAAAAGAAAUAGCAAACCAAUAAAGGCGUCAAGCGCGCCGAUCAAAAGUGAUGUUCCUUCGAAGAAAACCCUCAAAGAAAUUAUCAACCAAUAUCCAUUGGACAAGCCGUGGGUAACCGACGAAAUUCGACAGGAACACACGAAAAAAGAGGACAUAGAAAACAAAUUAAAGGGCAAAAAGAAUGAUGAGCUUUUUGCAGCUUUCAAAGUUCAACGUGACAAGUUUGUAGCUCUAUACGAAGCUGCCCGCAAUAAACACUUGGAGGAUGCCAAAUCAAAGGAUAAAGAGACGGGACCGGACAAAAAAACCGCUGAUAAUCAGAAAAAAAAUAAUUAAAAAUAAUCAUGCACUCUUUUAAAGUUUUAAACUCUUGAAAUAUUUUUUUAACAUUCUCCCAAAUUGUUUAUUUUUUAAAAUAUUUUAAAUUUCAAAAUUCAAGAGUCAAUAAAUCCAAAUUAAAUUUAAAACAAAUAACAUAAAAAAAAAAACUGAAAAUAAGUUUGCAAUAUUUUAAGUUGCAUAAUUAUAUCAAUUUAUUUAAGCAUAAAGAAUCAAAGUUUGUUUUGUUGUCGAACAAUAGACGUUGUAAUUAAGUUAAAAUCAUAACAAAGUAUUAAAAACAAUUUCCUAUAACUUGACAAGCAUUUUUAUUAAGAACACAUGAAUUAAAUUAUUAUUUAAAUACAAAAUUUGAAGAAAAAUUAAAAAUUCAAUUGAAUUGAUGAUCAUCAUUUUAAAAAAAGCUUGAAUUUUUUUCUCUUAAAUAAAAUUAUAAUUUUAGUUUAAUUCGCUGCAAGAAAAAACAAAACAAAAACUAAAGAAAUGCAACGUUUAAGUUUUCGUGUAAUAAAGUCCAAAUCAUAUUGUUUCAUUGAGAAAACAGAAUGGAGUUGAUAUUUUGGAAUUAUUCAAAUUGUACGUGUAAAUUAAAAAAAAGGUCAGCAACAUUCAUUAUCGGAUUAAUUUUGUGCACUUUCAUUCGGGUUUCAAAAUUGAACAUAAAAAAGAAAUCAAAACUGAAAUUGAAAUUAAAUUUAUUAUAUGGUUUGUGGAAGGAAUUUAUUUAGCAAAUAGGAAUUUUUUAUUUUACUCUUUCUAAUUUGAGAUAUAAAUAUGUGAUUAGCAAUUGGGAAAUUGUGCAUUCUGGAACAAAUUUUGGAAAGCUGUUUUUAUUCAGAGUCAAAGGGUUUUUUUAAUAGGGUUGUUCCCGUGGCGUGAUGGUUAGUGUGUAUGACUGUCACGCCAGAGACAUCCCUGCCUGUGUCACCUAAAGGUUUUUUUUCAGAAAAAGUGCUGUUAAAUCAGCCCUUCGGAUUGUAGGUUUCAUUACUCACAUGCAGGAAUGAUUAAGAGUUGUAAGUCACAAGGCCCUGUAGCGCUCACUAAUUUAUUUAUAUAUACAAGUAAUCUAAGUAUGACCAAACUGUGUUCCUCAUCACUACUAGCCUUUUCUUUGUGCAAUUAUUUAAUAGUCAUGGAAAGCUGUCGGUUACAGAGUUGGUGGCUUGAAGUGGUAUCUUUAGAAAAUCAGUCCAUCCUUUCUGUCUCAACGCUGUUGACCGCUCCAAAAAAUAUUGUGUUUCUAUAAUUAUCUGCUAUCAAAAAGCAACACUCUACUCUAACCCACCUGAUAAUUAACAAUUCUUACCGAAAAUCUAAGCUUUCUUCGCUCCCAUCUUGAUAAUCACCUACAGAGUACAUCUAAUGUUAUUAUUAUACCCUAUGUUGGAACACAAAGCUCAUUACCUCUUUGCGAAAAAUUUUAAAUAAGAAACAUUUUGCAUUCAAUCUCUGACACUAUUUGCACCAACAAAUGAGCAUCAAGACAAUGCAAAAAUGUAAAUAAAGCAUCAUGCUAAAAUUGAAUGGAAUAAGUUUAACGCAUGACGUAGUGCAAGGCGAAAACACCUGGGAAAAUAUUAAUCUCCCUUCCCUGAUGGCAUUGAAAGUUCUCAAGUUUCUUAAAGAAAUAAACAUAGCGCAAGAAUUUCUUACAGUGCUUUAAGGGAUCUACAAUGGAUCUCGAGUACGCAGUGCAUCUGCACCAAACUUAAUUCAUUCAUUCAUCACACAAAUUAGAAUGUUCAAAAAUUGUAGAAAUGGUUAGGAACUAUAAAGUGUAUGUACAAGAGCCUUAUCUAAAUUAACGACGAAAUAAUAAGAAAAAACGCCUUUUCGUUUGUUUUAUUUCAUACUAUUUGAGAUGUUUGAAAUAAACUACCAACAAUUCUCUGGCAUUAAUCUUAAAUAAAGGUCUUGAACUAAGCUUUCCAACUUUGUACAACACAUUUAAGGGCACUAGAAAGGCAGCUAUGUCAUUUGUAUAUUUUGAAGUCUGUUAAGUUCUUCAAAAGUGACCAAUACAGUCACUUCUGUGGAAUAUUGUUGCACUUAAUGUUUGCUGUAGAUGAACAAUUUGUUGUCAUAUACUGGCUAAGCCCCAUGAUUUACAGCUAUGUGUUCAUACAAAUAAAAUUAUGUACUUGGUUAAGUAUCCAACGACAUACAAAAAAUCAAAUGGUGUGGCGCAACAGUCCGUUGUGAACCAGGGCCUAGUGACUUACAACUCUCAACCAUUCCUGUGCGCGAGUACUGUUGUCAGGAAUGGAAGGGACCUACAAUUUAAGGCCGAAUCCGAACGGCUAGUUUGAGAAAGCACUUUUUCAUGACUAGAAUUACUCUUGGAGAAUUUGUCAAUUCCUCGCAAGAGGCAGUACCCGCGAAAAUUAAUUUUUUUUUUUUAAAUUAAGGUGGCACAGGCAGGGAUUGAACCCUAGACCCCUUGCAUGACAGUCCAACGCACUAACCAUCAUGCCACGGUUACUACUAACGACAUACAUACAUACAUAUAUCUGUAUUAUGAGCAAUAAGUAGUCCAAAAUGCCAGUUCUCCUUUCGUCCUUUAUUUUUUUCAUUUCCAUUAGCAUUGCUCUAAACAAAAAGUAGAUGGUACGAGGAUAGUCCCAGAAGUAUCCGACCUAACAAAGAAAACACACAAAAUUUGGAGAAAAACCUUGGUAUUUCUCUACUCUCCUUUUAGCUUUACACUUUUCCCAAUGUGUUCAAUAGCUUCGAUACCCUGUUAAAGUAAAAACCGUCGAGCUCCUCAAAAUAGCCAUCAACCGCAGACUCCACGUCUUCAUUGCUGGCAAAUCUUUUACCAUCGAGCCAUUUUUUCAAGUUUGGAAAUAGAAAAUAAUCCGAUUGGGCUAAAUCUGGCCAAAAGGGUACGUGAGGAAGGAAUUCGCGAUAUCAUAUCCAUGCUCACGACGCUGUUUUUGUUCAAUUGUGAGUAAUCGGGGCAACCGUCUUGCGCUCAGCUUUCUCAUGUCCAAAUUUUCAUUCAAUAUGCAAUGUAAACUACUUUUUGAAAUGCCUAACAUGUCUGUUAGCUUGCGCACUAUCAGUCGACGGUCAAUUAAUACCAUUUUGUGGAUUUUCUUCACCAUGUCUGGCGUGGUCACCUCAAUUGGUCAAUGUUUGAUGUUAAUACCGGCAGCUUUUCCCACCUCCUUUAAACUCUCCCACCCAAUAUUUUACUUUUGUAAAGAAGGAAUCUAAGCUCCGCUUUGAUAUUCGUUGGACUGAAGACGUUCAAGUGAAAGUAUCGUAUCACAUACCGAUGACCAAAUUUUUCCAUGUUUAUAUACUGAACAACGUAGCUAACGUCCGUCUUCAAAGUUUAGCUUAAUAAAGUUGAUACCCUACCAUAGUCAUUCUUUCAAGCAACAACCGCCAUCCAUUUUUCAGGUCGGGAACUUCAGAGAUUACCCUCGUAUCUAAGGUAUCAAAUGCAAACCCAAAUUGUGUACUUUUUACACUAAUCAAUCUUUUUUGCUUUGAAUAUAAAAUUAAGAAAUUCGCUGUAUUAUAUCGAGGCUAUUUUUUUAUUUUGGGAAACUUCACUUAUAUUUGUUUUUAGUCAAAACUGAAAGUAUGCAAUAAUGGUUUUUAGAAUUCUGAGUGAAUGUUGCAGCACCUUAACAAUAUAUUAUUUAUUUCUUUUAUUUGAAUAAUUUAUGUUUUAUUUUCCAUAAAUUUACUAAAACCUUAUAUUUACAUACAAAUAUAUUUAAAUAAAUGUUUAUUUAAAAUAGAAA